UGAGUCGAAGACCCUGGGGCGCAUGCGCAGAGUGUAGUUUUCCUCCUCGCCCGCUUCCCCCUUUGGGAGCGGUUGCUGUGGUUACACAAGGGCGAGGGAACAGCGUUACGUAGGAGGCGCCGCCCCAAUUAAGUAUCUGGGAGGCCUGUUUUUUUAUGGCAUCUUCGCCUUCGUGGGUUCGGCGUCGUUUCUGUGGAGCUGGUUGAGGCCCUUUUCUUUGAACCGCUGCUUAGGGGAGGUCGGUUCUUCCCCAGUUUCACUAUUCUUCCAGUGUUUAUGCUACUAAAUAGCUUCCAACUUUGUGAGGAAGAAACGGGAACAGACAUAAAAAGACUUAAAAAGAGUAUUGUUGUCAGAGCCUUUGUUCACUGAGAUGGCAGCACAAUGUGUAACCAAGGUGGAGCUGACCAUGUCCUGUAGCAGUCUCUUGGAUAAAGAUGUCAGCUCCAAGUCAGACCCAUUGUGUGUGCUUCUUCAGCACACAAGUGGACAGCAGUGGUAUGAGGUUGAUCGCACAGAAAGAAUAAAAAAUUGUCUGGACCCAAAGUUUUCUAAGAGAUUUCUAAUUGAUUACUACUUUGAACUAGUCCAGAAACUCAAGUUUGGAGUGUAUGACAUUGACAAUGCAACCGUUGAACUGAGUGAUGAUGACUUUUUAGGAGAAUUUGAAUGUACCCUGGGACAGAUUGUUUCUAGCAAGACACUGACUAGGCCUCUAGUGUUGAAAAAUGGGAAACCCGCAGGAAAAGGAAAAAUCACGAUUACUGCUGAAGAAGUAAAGGACAAUCGAGUGAUCAUAUUUGAAAUGGAAGCAAGAAAACUAGACAACAAGGAUUUUUUUGGAAAAUCAGAUCCUUAUUUGGAGUUCCACAAGCAGACAUCUGAAGGAAACUGGGUGAUGGUACACAGAACAGAAGUUAUUAAAAAUAACCUGAAUCCUGUCUGGAGACCAUUCAAAAUUUCUCUCAAUUCUCUAUGUUACGGUGAUAUGGACAAAACAAUAAAGGUGGAGUGCUAUGAUUAUGAUAGUGAUGGAUCACAUGAUCUUAUAGGGACCUUUCGAACCACAAUGUCACAGAUGAAGGAAGCAUCUCGACAAUCACCCGUUGAAUUUGAAUGCAUCAAUGAAAAGAAGAAGCAAAAAAAGAAAAGCUACAAGAAUUCAGGCAUUAUCAGUGUUAAACACUGUGAAAUUAUUAUGGAAUGUACUUUCCUUGAUUACAUCAUGGGAGGCUGCCAGCUGAAUUUUACUGUUGGCAUUGACUUCACCGGCUCUAAUGGAGAUCCCCGCUCCCCAGACUCCCUGCAUUACAUCAGUCCUAAUGGAGUGAAUGAAUACUUGACUGCCAUUUGGUCUGUGGGGAUGGUCAUCCAGGACUACGAUGCGGAUAAAAUGUUCCCAGCAUUUGGAUUUGGUGCGCAAAUCCCUCCAUCAUGGCAGGUGUCUCAUGAGUUCCCACUAAACUUUAACCCAUCAAACCCAUUCUGCAGUGGGAUCCAAGGUAUUGUGGAUGCAUACCGGGUCUGUCUUCCUCAAGUAAGAUUGUAUGGGCCUACCAAUUUUUCACCAAUAAUAAAUCACGUGGCAAGAUUUGCUGCAGCUGCUACACAGCAAAAGACAGCAUCAAGUUAUUUUGUGCUCCUCAUUAUCACUGAUGGUGUGAUAACAGACCUAGAUGAGACCCGAUCUGCCAUUGUUAAUGCUGCCAAACUUCCCAUGUCCAUUAUCAUUGUUGGUGUUGGAGGGGCUGAUUUCAGCGCCAUGGAGUUCCUUGACAGUGACAGUGGAGCCUUGAGAUCACUGUCAGGGGAGGCUGCUAUCAGAGACAUUGUCCAGUUUGUGCCAUUUCGGCAGUUUCAGAAUGCUCCCAAGGAAGCUCUGGCUCAGAGUGUCUUAGCAGAAGUGCCGCAGCAAGUGGUGAACUAUUUCAGCAUGUUCAAGCUCCAGCCGCCAAAGAAGCCUGAAGCAAAGCCAGAGGGGAGCUGAACCAAAGAUGCCAAUAUCCUUUGCCUAGGUGGAGAGUCCCUGCACCACCUGCCUCCUUCAUUCGUCGCAUAAGUAUAUAAAGUGUUAAGAUUGUCUUGCUCAUUUUUGUUCUCUGUUGCAAAAGACAUCAUUUUGUUUAACAAUCCAUGCAGAUUGAAAAACAACUCAGGCAUACUAUGCAACUUUUGGGAAAGCAGAGCAGUUAGCUACAUCAUCAACUCUUUUGAUUCCUUCUCUGUGGGGCCUGGAACAAAGCACAGUAACUGCCUCAUAGUGAUAAGUUGCAAAACAAACACACUGUUUUGGUGCCUUAGAAAUAGUUGUUGCUGCAAUUUGACUUCUUACGUGAAAGGACUCUGGCUUGCAGAAGUGUAGUAUAAAACAUGUAAUCACUUGCGAAGAAGCAUCAGGGCCAUGGCAGGGCACAACCUUUCUCAGAAGCAUCUAUCUAUAUUUUGCCUCUGUUCCUUGUUUACUAGCUUUCUGUGCUGAAUCUGAAUACUUACACCUUGAAAAUUUUUAAUAGUAUAAAAUAAUAUAAAAAUAUAAUAUGGAACGGAAGUGUUUUAAGACUUGCAGGUUAUAUUAUUUUAAAUCAAGGUAUGCCAUUUACAUAUGCUCUAACGUUGCCAUCAGUUAGUACCUCUCUAUUCUGCAUACAGAGGACAUACGUGUCAUAAGGAUUUUAUUGUGUCAUUUUACAAAACCAGUUAACUUUUGAAGACUAUAACUGUAGAGGGACAGCAUGUUAUUUAUCAUGUAUUAGCAAGCCUUGCACCUGCCAAUAGGGAGUAGUUCUCUUCAUGGAGAUUAUUUUCCCAAAGUUUUAUUUUGUAUACAAAGUGGAAUAUUUGGCCUAAACUUAGCUAUUAGACCCAACUGAUAGAAUUCAAUGGAAUGUUCUAGUUGGGGCUAAUAAUUGGAUUUAGGCUUAUAAAAAGUAUUUAUAAUAACUUGGUGUAGCUAGUUCCAGGAUGCUUCUGUCUUCUUCAUUCUGCUAAUCUGUAACUGACCCAGAAUGAUCACAGCCUCCUGUUUGUCACAACACAAGUUAAAUUAUUGUUAUCUAGGGUCCAUAGUGCCUUUGGGAAUCACUUUUAGUUACCUAUUUAGUUUACUAACUGCAAGGAAUUUGUUCACAUUUUACCUGGCUUCAACAUUUCUUCAUCUCAAAACUUCAUUGAUUAGUAGCCCACGAGGCUUUCAGUGGAAAUAAUUUCUUGUACUUGGUUAGAGUGUUGCCAGUAAGCCAGAUAUGUAUAUAGUAUUUCUGUUUUCUUUAUAUAAUACAAGUGAAAUGGGUUAAGCUGAACCCUCUGAAAAUUAUUGUGAAAUGUAUAAUGUGAUAGAUUAUAAAGACGAGCCCCAAAUGGCCAGAAACCAAAAUCUGUGUUAAUCGUACAAGAUAGAGAUGCUAGCAUUCAUGUGUUCUCCUCUAACACAGGAAUUACCUGUCUUACAUCUUUGGUACUUUUUAUCUUAUCACAAGUUCAAUUCAUCUGAAGCUUAAACUGGUGUCUUUAGGUUGGUAAUUUUGAAUGUAUCCAAUAAAAUGGCAUAUUUACUUUCUUAAGUGAAGGUGAUCGAUCUAUAAAUAGCCAUUUAUUGCUGUAAUAGAAAAUGUUGUUCCCACUAGAAAUAUUUUGUACUAAAAUGUCUCUUUAUUGAUGUCUUUGUAACAACCUGUAACAACCUGUUGGAAACUUUCUGUUCCCAUUACAAAAAUGUCACUGACUUUUCGCUAACUCUCUUAAUUAAGAUCAUGAUUUCUAAGCUAAUAUCAAACCAAAACAUAUCCCUGGAAUGUGGAUGUGUGUUGUGAUGCCAGAUGUUUUAUAAAUAUUAAUUUACUGGAUUAUGGGCAGCCUUUUCAAAAUUUGCUUGCAAUCAAAAUGUUCAUUGUUUUUUUAAAAAUUCCAACAAAGUCUAUAAAUGCUUCCAUAUUUGUAGUGCUAUUUAACAAUAAAGUUUGUAAAAUUA